AUGAAGGUGUUUGUAUUCCUUUCCAUCAUUGCCCUCGCUUCUUCACGCUACGUGGUGAAGAGAAACGCCUAUGGAGAUGAGCAAGUAACCCCAGCUCCAGCUGCUCCGGCCGCUUCUGAGGCACCAGUCGAGCAAGCUCCAGUUGCCGUUCCAGCACCAGCACCAGCCGCCGCUCCAGCUCCAGACUGUGGAGCCGCCGCCGCUGCCCCAGCUGCUCCAGCCGCCACCGACUCCGGAUAUAGAAACAAGAGAAAUGCCUACGGAGAUGAACAAGUGACUCCAGCCCCAGCAGCUCCAGCCGCUUCUGAGGCACCAGUCGAGCAAGCCCCAGUAGCUGUUCCAGCACCAGCCCCAGCUGCCGCUCCAGCUCCAGAUUGUGGAUCUGCUGCCCCAGCCGCCCCAGCUCCAGCCGCCACUGACUCCGGAUACCGCAGCAAGAGAAACGCCUAUGGAGAUGAGCAAGUGACCCCAGCUCCAGCUGCCCCAGCCGCUUCUGAGGCUCCAGUGGAACAAGCCCCAGUAGCUGUUCCAGCACCAGCCGCCGCUCCAGCUCCAGAUUGUGGAGCCGCUGCCGCUGCCCCAGCUCCAGCCGCCGACUCCGGAUACAGAAGCAAGAGAAACGCCUAUGGAGAUGAGCAAGUGACCCCAGCUCCAGCUGCCCCAGCUGCCUCAGAAGCCCCAGUAGAACAAGCUCCAGUAGCUGUUCCAGCACCAGCACCAGCCGCUGCUCCAGCCCCAGAUUGCGGAGCCGCCGCCGCUGCUCCAGCUCCAGCCGCCACCGACUCUGGUUACAGAAGCAAGAGAAACGCCUACGGAGAUGAGCAAGUGACCCCAGCUCCAGCCGCCCCAGCCGCCUCUGAGGCUCCAGUCGAGCAAGCACCAGUUGCUGUCCCAGCCCCAGCUCCAGCCGCUGCUCCAGCACCAGACUGUGGAUCUGCUGCCCCAGCCCCAGCCGCCCCAGCCGCCACUGAUUCCGGUUACAGAAGCAAGAGAAAUGCCUAUGGAGACGAGCAAGUCACUCCAGCUCCAGCUGCCCCAGCUGCCUCAGAAGCCCCAGUCGAGCAAGCUCCAGUCGCUGUCCCAGCACCAGCUGCUGCUCCAGCUCCAACCCCAGACUGUGGAUCCGCCGCUCCAGCUCCAGCCGCCCCAGCCGCCACUGAUUCUGGAUACCGCAGCAAGAGAAACGCAUACGGAGACGAGCAAGUCACUCCAGCCCCAGCUGCCCCAGCAGCCUCCGAGGCUCCAGUCGAGCAGGCCCCAGUUGCUGUCCCAGCACCAGCACCAGCCGCCGCUCCAGCUCCAGACUGUGGAUCCGCUGCACCAGCUGCUCCAGCUCCAGCCGCCGCCUCUGGAUACAGAAAUAAGAGAAACGCCUAUGGAGAUGAGCAAGUCACUCCAGCCCCAGCUGCCCCAGCUGCCUCAGAAGCCCCAGUCGAGCAAGCUCCAGUCGCCGUCCCAGCCCCAGCUCCAGCCGCUGCUCCAGCCCCAGACUGUGGAUCUGCUGCCCCAGCUGCUCCAGCUGCUCCAGCCGCCACCGACUCUGGUUACAGAAGCAAGAGAAACGCCUAUGGAGAUGAGCAAGUGACCCCAGCUCCAGCCGCCCCAGCCGCCUCUGAGGCACCAGUCGAGCAAGCCCCAGUCGCCGUCCCAGCACCAGCCCCAGCCGCUGCUCCAGCCCCAGACUGUGGAUCUGCUGCCCCAGCUGCUCCAGCUCCAGCCGCCACCGACUCCGGAUACAGAUCUUAA